AUGGCGUCGCAACAAAUUCUCUUUGCCGAAACCAUAGCGGAAUCCGACUCAGACUCCGAGAUCGAAAGCUAUAGCAAUCGCGGGAACAAGCUCAAAAAGCAGGCACGGUUUGCCCGUCAAGGGCAAUUGGUCCCAAAUAAUGGCCCAAGUUCGUAUAAAGAGUAUGUCGAAUACGGUGGUGUCCGACGCCCGAUCCUAUAUCGCAAUCCCCCAUUAGUCGACGAGGAAGGAUACGAAAUAGAUAGCGACGAUGAAGAUGAGGAGCGCGUUCAAGAAGCAGAGGCCUCAGCGGCAGAGAUGAACCCUUACGCCAACAUACAAAUAGAGAGAAAACCGGUCUCUGUGGAGAGUCAGACAUCUCCUGACAUCGCUCUGCGGCGACUACACAUGGGUCCCAUGCGAAAUGAUGCGCAACAUUUGUUGGCGCUAUCCCAGGCGAUAUCGGCGCUUCCCAGAAUCACCAACGGCGCCGCACAACAGGCCAGCGGUGUCGAACAAGCAAAUGCUGUACCAGACACAACAUUCGAUGGCGAGCCCACGGAUAAGGACCCAGCAGAGGAUGCCGAUAUAACCAUGACGGACGCUGGAACUGCCGACCCAGAUGAUUCUCUCGUAGAGGAUGCCGACGAUAACGCAAAGGUUGAGGCCGAGAAGGACGGUGCCGGAACGGCUUCGAAUAUGCACAAUGGCGAGCAGUUACCAGCUGCACAGACCGACAAAAGAGAUUCCAUGGGUGAAGCGACAAACGGGGUCAAUGAGCAUACAAACGAACAAGGAACGAAUGAGACCGAGGUGGCCAGAGCUGAGGCCACUGCGAAACCUUCAGGCAGCGAUGCACAUCAACAAACGGAAUCAGCUGAGACAAUACGUGCAGAUGUGUCCAUGAUAUCCGACGGGGACGAUGACUUCAUACAUCCCAUGUUUCUUGCACCUUCAGGAGCAAGACCAGAUCGAGACAUCGGUUUGCCGGACCAAGAAGCGGAAGAUAUUCGGCGAUUACUAGCUCUCUACGUGCAGAAGCAGGAAGAGGUGUGUAGAGGGGCAAAGAGGCUGUUUCUAGGACUCCUCAAAGCCGAGCAGAUGCGGAAGAAUGUACUCCACUGGUCCAAGGCAGAAGCUCAUUCAGGGCUUAACCGAGACAUGUCGGACGGGGAAGAUUGGUACGACAAGGAGGAAUGGGGUCUCACAGAAGACCUCAAAAAGGGGCAGGAUGAAGAGGAAGAAGAUGUGCAGACAACUGGUAAAAAGACGAGAAACCGACGUCAAUAG